GUGAUGCCGGACACAUUCACAUUCAUAAAGAACCGGACAGAGCCACGGCUGGGGCAGCUGGAGCGCGCACUGGCCACGGACGAGAGCGCUCGCCCCGCCUGGGUCAUAGCAAUCCUGGCCAGCGUCUUGAUCUUCACCACGGUGGUGGACGUGCUGGGGAAUCUGCUAGUUAUCAUAUCCGUGUUCAGGAACCGCAAACUGAGGAACUCUGGUAAUGUGUUCGUGGUGAGUUUGGCCUUUGCUGACCUUGUGGUAGCUUUCUACCCCUACCCCAUGGUUCUCUAUGCUCUCUUCCACGAUGGAUGGUCAGUGGGGAACACACAAUGCAUGGUCAGCGGUUUCGUUAUGGGGCUGAGUGUCAUUGGCUCCAUUUUCAACAUCACUGGGAUUGCAGUGAACAGAUACUGCUACAUCUGUCACUCAUUCUCCUACAGUCGGCUGUACAGCUAUCGCAACACUCUGCUGUUUGUUGCCUUAAUUUGGGUUCUCACAGUCGUGGCCAUAAUCCCAAACUUCUUCGUCGGCUCCCUGCGCUACGACCCGAGGGUUUACUCCUGCACCUUCGACCAGAAUGUCAGCAGCUCCUACACAGUGACCGUGGUGGUGGUUCACUUCCUGGUUCCCAUUGCAGUGGUUACAUUCUGUUAUCUACGCAUCUGGGUACUUGUGAUUCAGGUGCGACGCAAAGUGAAAUCAGAGGAGAGUCCUCGCAUCAGACCGAGUGACGUGCGGAAUUUCAUCACCAUGUUUGUGGUCUUCGUGCUGUUUGCCAUCUGCUGGGCUCCACUUAACCUGAUUGGCUUGGCGGUGGCCAUCGAUCCGUCUCGUGUGGUUCCCCGGAUCCCAGAAUGGCUUUUUGUGGUCAGCUACUUCAUGGCCUACUUUAACAGUUGUCUGAAUGCCAUCAUCUAUGGCUUACUCAACCGGAAUUUCAGGAACGAGUACAAACGCAUUGUCACAUCAAACUGGGUGGUUCGGCUCUUUGUGACGGAGACUUCGCGAGGCGCCACGGACGGCAGGAGCGUGAGGAGCAAGCAGUCGCCGCCUCAACCAAUCAACAACAACGACUCUGCCAGAGAUCGUUCCAACAAAGAAUGACAUCUAAAUCUAUGAGCCUGUUAAAUGGUAAUCCCUGUUUUUAUGUGACAUCCAGUCAGUGGUGCAGCUAAAGUGUCACAGAUGAAACAUGCAUACCGUAGCUUGGUUUCAGUUAAAUGACAUUGAUCAGAAUAAAGUGCAGGGUAACUUGUCAAAAAGUGUUUCAAUCAAAGUAUUGGAGAAUCAUGUAAUGAUUUAUUUUAGUUUUUGGUUUGAGUGAGCAUUUCACUCAACAGCUUUGCUAAAGUGCGAAACAGGGUUGAGUUUCCACUACAAAGUAUUAACAGAUGCUUUGUCCUGGUAGAACAGAGCCAAGCAUUGCAGUUUCAUACUCGUACAUCUCAAAACAAUAUGAAUGGUACAUUAAUAAUUCACAAAAAUGUAACAUCCUUUAUUGUCUGCUGGUGUGGACCCGGGGUAACCACUGGUAAACAUAUAGGCCUACUACUGUUCAGUAACUUCAAAAGCCUCAAAUAACUUGCCUCAACUGAAUGCUAGAGUCGUAGAAUAGGAGAUAAUGUCUUUGUGUACAUAAUCAGUAUGAUGUGGUGACAGUAAUGUAACGUUUUUGCACUGAAAUAAAUGAAAAACACAAACUUAGUAAUGAACAUAAAACAUAAUUCAGGAAAUUAGCAACAACUCAUGCACAAAGCUAGAACCACACAAUAUAAGAUGUGCCAAUUAACAUGGCUGUUUUUAGUUUUCAGUUCCAAAACAAAUGUGGAGGAAACCCACAUAUCUGCUGCCGCUGUAUCGAUUGCUUCUACAAAUACUUCACAACUGCUUUGGUUAGAAAAUAAAAAUGUAUCGCGGUACCAUUUAAUGAAAUGUAACUGGGAGCUGCAUGUAAAUACUCGCCUCAUAGUAUUUCUGUAUGUGGCAAAAAGAAAUUCUGAAAAGAAUACCCAUCUGUUUCCCUGAAGGCUUAAUUUGAUAUUACAAUAAAUUAAUUUCUCUAAUGUUUUUCCCCUAAAAUAUUACAAUAAGUCACAAUUACAUUAUAUUGACUCCUAAUUCUCUAAUGUUCUGUUAUAUCAGUGCAAUAUGAGUUUAUAAAGAGCACAAAAACAUCUCAACAUAUUUCAUCAUGUGUAGUUAAAGCCAAAUGUAUAUAGCUUGUAGCGUUA